AUGCAAUUCACCGAUGAAGAAGCCGAGAAUGUGAAGACGUGGGUCGUCAAGAGGCUGGAGGACAUCUCUGACGCCGACUCGGAUGUCCUGGCGGACUACGUUCUGGCGCUGAUCAGGAGCGAUGCUCCGGAUGACGAAAUUAAGGAAACUUCCAUCGAGAACCUCGAGGACUUCUUGAGAGAAAACACAAAAUCAUUUGUGGACGAGCUCUUUGCCCAAUUUGGGCCAAAGCCUGCCGCGCCAAUUCCAGCUCCUCACCCGCAAGCGCACAUGACCCAUGCUCAGACGCACCAGGAUUUCAAUCCUCCGUCUGGCCCAAGAACCGACUUUCAGAAUCGCAAACGCACAUACAAUGAAGGGUUUCAGGGAGACGGGGAUGCAAUGAACGGGAUGUCGCAGAACCGUGCUCUCAAGACCCCGCGCCGUGGACGUGGUGGUGGUCGCGGCGACUGGUCUGGACACAACAUGCAGCAAUACCCCCACGGACAAGGCGGUUACUCCAACCCAAUGAUGCAGGGCUUCCCAUAUUUCGACCCAAAUGACCCUAUGGCAGCUGCCAUGAUGAUGCAGGGCAUGGGUUUCCCCCAGAUGCCCGGCAUGCCCAUGCCUGGAAUGCCUGGAAUGCCCGGUGCUCCCGGUCAACCCGACGCUGGACAGAUGGGUUCAAUCAAUCAGCGCUGCCCCUUCUAUGACACGCAGGGAAUUUGUUACCUGGGUGCCGCAUGCCCCUACCAGCAUGGUGAGUCCGGAUCGCAGAACGAGUACGACCCGAAGACCGCAUCAGUCGGUCUGCCCCGUGGCGGAGCUGGACUCGCGCGCGGCGAUCGUGGUCGGGGUCGUGGUCGAGGUGGAAAUAGUGCACGAGGUCGUGGAGGUCGAGCCGAUUUCUCGUCCGCAGGUCCCAACGAGGACCGAUCCAUUACAACCAUUGUGGUGGAGCAAAUUCCCGAGGACAAGCUGUCCGAGGAUGCGGUGCGGGAAUUCUUCUCACAAUUCGGCAACAUCACCGAAAUCACCCUGCAACCGCACAGAAAGCUGGCGCUGGUGAAGUACGAAACCUAUCCCGAGGCGAAGCAGGCCUGGUCCAGUCCCAAGGUCAUUUUCGACAAUCGAUUCGUCAAGGUCUACUGGCACAAACCCAGACAAGAUGACAAGGCUGGUGAAUCUCACCAUGAAGCUCCCAGUUUUGAUCCAGAGGAGUUCGAGCGACAGCAGGCAGAGGCGCAACGCGCACACGAGGAAAGAAUGAAAAAGCGGCGCGAGGCUGAAGAAGCCAAGGAGGCCCUCGAACGUCAACGCAACGAACUUUUGAAGAAACACGAGGAAGAGAAGGCUCGUCUCUUACAGCGCAUUGGGGGUGGCAAUGCCGACGACGCCAUGAAGACCGAUGGCGGUCAAGAACAGGCUGGCCCGACCGCGGCUCCCUCGGACGAUAAUGUGAGCGAGGAAACGAAGAAACUUCGUGCUCAGCUUGCCGCUCUCGAGGCCGAAGCCAAGACACUCGGCAUUGACCCCUCCCAUGCCGAUUCUGCCCGUGGUGGCUAUCGCGGACGUGGUGGUCUCCGCGGGCGUGGCGCAUUCCGUGGACGUGGAGGCUACGAUCCUUCAUAUCGGGGCGGUUAUCGUGGACGAGGAGGCUUCGCUCCUCGCGGACGUGGCGGAGGUGUCCUCCGUCUGGACAACCGGCCCAGACGAGUCGCUGUUUCGGGCAUUGUACCUGGGUCUGAGAAUGACGAGGCUCUGCGCCAGCAUUUGAUUGGCAUUGGCGAAUAUGAUUCUGUCGAACCCAACCCGGAUCAGCCCAACUCGGUGAUCGUGGCAUUCAAGGAACGCUACCAGGCCGAGAAGUUCAUGUUCAGUCGCUGGAAUGCUCCGUCAGCCGGAGAUGUUCAGAAGACCUGGGUGCCCAACCCUCCUGUCUCGGUCACACCGGCUGCGACUUCAACGGAGAAGAAUGGCCUCGGUGACGAGGACCACGACAUGGCCAUGGAGGGUGCGCCAGCCAUGCAAGAUUCAGCAUCGAGUCACAUGCCCCAACGAGAGAUGGAUUAUGAUGUUGCGGAGGAUGAUAGCUGGGGGGCCUAA